UCUAAUUCGUGAAGUAUUUGUGUCUAUGCAUCACCCUUGGCCGGCUUUUCCCAUUCAUUCGAAACUUCAUUCCUAGAAAACCAAAAACUACCCCGAACAGCCCUGCACUCUCAGGUGAGAGAGCGUACGGAAUGCUCUCCGUAACAAUAAAACAAAAAAAGGGCAGAACCGGUUCCACACGGUAUCAGCACGGUGGACGAGAGCGACUUGAUUCAAUUCGAAUCGAAAAACCAGCGCGUACGGACGGCACGCUCGCACGUCACGCAGCUCGGGUGUUUUUGGUGUGAAGUACACGGUCAAGAGGUGGAGAAGGAAAGAAAAGUGAAAACGAAAACGGGGUCGUCGGUGAGAGAGAUGGUACGGCAGAGAACCGCAACAGCAGCAAACGUAGGCACAGUAGUGUGAUUAGCGUUUAUGGAAUCGAUUGUUUUUCCAACCCACCAUCGCUAGAAGAGUUGCUUUUAAUCCUUCUGUGUAGUGCCAGUGUAAAAGGAAAUAACACCUGAAAAGCGAAUAAAAAGUGCAGCAGAAUUAUUAUCAUCAUCAGCCGUACGGCAAAAAGUUGUGUAAAUCACUCUCGAGCAGUGCGGGCGUUGCGCGCGCGUUUGUGUAUGUGUGUGCUGUGUUAUGUGUGUGUGUUUUCGAAGGUGUGUUCCCAUUCUUUACUGCUAGCGUGCGUGCAUGUGCGUGAAUGGAUACAUUAGUGUGAAAAAAAAUUCGUGCCAGAAAGCAUACAUCCACUGCCAACCCUACUAUCGUCCGCUUAUGGAAGCGAUUGAAAUGAUUUAAUCCACAUCAUACAUAUGCAGCCACGUGUGCGUGUGAGAGAGUUGUAUCACGAUCACGAGUGUAUCACCGUUCAGUGCGUAUGUGUUUAUAUCGCUGUGUUCAUACUCAAAACGAAAUGAAAACAAAGCUGCCCCACUAAUUUAGUAAUAAGCGAAGGAAGAGCGGUGAAAACGUGUGAAGGAAGAAUUUUUAAUAUUAAAGAAAAAGUUUAAAACCAUCCACAAUUGGUUCAUGGAGUGUUUUUUGUAGCUUUUUCUCCACUGUAACGCUACCACAACACUGCCAAACGUAAUCGUAUCACUGCCAAGUGAAAAAAAAGUGUUCAGCUUUUCCUUCUGUCCUGUCGAAGCAUACUGUAAACCUACACAACAACAAUACGAGAGAGAGAGAGAAAAAAAACGGACAAACCACACCGUUUUGUUAUAAAAGAACGCGGUUCGUUCUGUACGUCUGCUACGAAAAACGGGAGCAGUUUUUGGUUUUUUUUUUUGGGGCCAACCAAACGAAUCACAAACAUAAGCGAAGAACAGCGCUUGCAGAGUGAAACAAAAAACCACACAAAGCAGAAUCCAAGGGCGAUCAAAUCAUUCCAAAAGCUGCUGUACGUCUGUCCAGACUUUGUGCGUGCCAAUGAAGUACACCUGCGGCUUGGGCUUAUGCUCAAGGUGAAUGGAGAUUAUGAGCAAUCGCUAAAGCACCUGCAACUAGCGCUGAACGAUUCGUCCACGUGCACCUUAGCGCAGCUUGAGAUCCGCUUCCACAUUGCCCAUCUGUAUGAGGUGCAGAACAAGUACAAGUCAGCGAAGGAGGCAUACGAGCGGCUACUGGCAAACAAGCAGCUGACGGCGUCACUGAAGGCCGACAUCUACCGGCAGCUGGGAUGGAUGUACCACACUGUUGAUCUUCUCGGCGACAAGGUACAGCGGGAGCGGUUCGCUAUCCACUGUCUGCAGAAGUCGAUCGAGGCGGAACCUCGCUCGGGUCAGACACUCUACCUACUCGGUCGCUGCUUCGCCGGUAUCAACAAAGUGCACGACGCGUUUAUCGCUUACCGGAAUUCGGUGGAGAAAAGCGAAGGAAACGCUGACACAUGGUGCUCUAUUGGAGUACUCUACCAGCAGCAGAACCAGCCUAUGGAUGCACUGCAGGCCUACAUAUGUGCCGUGCAGUUAGAUAAAUCUCACUCAGCCGCCUGGACCAAUUUGGGCAUUCUGUACGAAAGCUGCAAUCAGCCGCGGGACGCGUACGCCUGCUUUCGGAACGCCACUAUCAACCAGGACCAACAGAAGGAUCGCACUGUGAGUGCUUGUGAGAAGUCCACGGUACCUGCAACCACUGCCAGCGGUUCCACCAAAGCAAACGCUUCUACCGGCCAGGGUGCCAGUGGUGGUUUCGGAACUACCGCAUCUGGAGGAACGUCCGGAACAUCAGCAAACUCAUCGACAGCUGGUGUCGCAUCAGAAACAAGUGGCAGUAGCACCACGCCAACCGGAUUACCAAACUCUCUGUUGACGGUGCUCGGGGAUUUAAGCAAUAAUAGCAACGGUGGCAACAGCAGAUCGCAAAACCUUACCCAGCGUAUCAAAUUCCUGCAGCAACAUCUUGGUAACGCUCCUAUGCCGAGCAUAACGUCCAAACGGCGGCAGCUACCUUCAAUUGAGGAGGCCUGGAAUCUGCCCAUUUCCAAUGAGAUGAGUUCGCGACAGCAACAAACGGCUCAGGCACAGCAACGCCAAUUCCAGAAAGGAUACGGACAGGGCGCCCAAUACCAUCCGGGACAGCAGCAAGUGGGGAGCAACAAUGGUCUUCCAAACAAACGCUUCAAGCAGGAAGAUGGAAGACCUGGUGCGGCUGCUGGUAUGGGAACGGUGGCCGGUCAACCGGUACCACCGUUCUAUCUUAACCAGCAGCAAGUGCUGCAACUGCAAUACCUGCAGAAUCAGAGUAACCUGACCACGCAGCAGCAAGCAAUGCUGCAAACACUGACCAACCAGUACCGAUUGAUGCAGCAACACCAACUGCGCCUUCAGCAGCAGCAACGGAACCAACAGCUUCAGCAACAGCCUUCGUUCCAGGGGCAACAACAGCCGCAGGCUGGCGGCGGUGGUUUCGUUGUGGCAGCGGGAAAUAAAACCCCACAGUCGGGUAUUGUACCGCAGACGGCUACUGGGUUCGUGAACGAUGGUCAUUUUUCACCGGCAACCGGUCAAUCACAGCAGACGGCUGGUAUGCCGUACAAGUCGGCGGGAGGCACAUAUGCACCGUCUGGUUUUCCAGUUCCCCCGAGCAGUCAGUCAUCGGGAGGUUUCACCCAAAUCACGUCCACCUCGAAUCAUCAGUCCGAUAUAGACAUACAAGCCAUUCUGGAUGACAAGGCAACGUUUGCUGAAUCGUUGCUCAAACAGCUUAGCUCGUCGGACAGUAAAGAUUCGUCGAUCGCGUCGGAAACCACCAAUACGACCGCUACAAUGGCACCCAACAGUAGUACGAAGUCUCCACCAAUAAAAGCGGAAGCAACGUCGACGACGACGGUGGCCGGUGGUGCGGCAAACGUCAAACGACAACUACUCAAUGCUAAGCAGGACAACAUCAAGCUGGAACCUGUCGUAAAGAUUGAGAAGCUACCGUCGCCCUCAUCGAUGAUGGACACGUACGCUGGCACGGUGGGUGGUGAUUUUAAGAUCUCGAUGUCUUCGAAAGAUAUUCAGCAAAUGGUACGAAGGCAAAGCAAAGCGGGAGAGCUGAAAGAUGUACCGGCUGUGUGUUCCGUACUGCCAGCGGAUGCGGCACUACCCAGCCCACCGGACUGUCCGCCGACGCGGUUAACGCGCGAACAGUUGCAACCUCCCACACCGUCCGUGUUUCUCGAGAACAAGAAGGACGCCUUCAGUCCACAGUUGCAGGAGUUCUGUCUAAAGCACCCGAUUGCCGUGGUAAGGCAGCUGGGUGCAGCGCUCAAGCUGGACCUCGGUCUGUUUUCGACAAAGACGCUUGUUGAGGCAAACCCCGACCAUACGGUCGAGGUGCGAACGCAAGUACACCAGUCACCGGACGAGAACUGGGACGGCAACAAGAACUCGAAGGUGUGGGCUUGUAUUUCGCACCGAUCGCACACAACCAUCGCGAAGUAUGCGCAGUAUCAGGCGUCUAGUUUUUCCGAUAAGAUAAAGGAGGAGCGUGAUAAACUGGCUGGAAUCUCAACCGCAUCCACUAACUCCGAUUCCGACUCGAAGGAUAGCAUCUCGAACAGCAGCGCGUGCGGUACGGCUGGAACUGGUGGCGGCGGUGGAAACAGUUCUGCUGCUGGCAAUGGCAAGCGGAAGAAGUGUAAAAAUGGCAAUAAGAUGCUACGCUUCGGCACGAACGUUGAUCUUUCCGAUGAGCGUAAAUGGAAGUCACAGUUGCAGGAAUUGCAAAAGUUGCCACCAUUUGCACGUGUCGUCUCGGCCGCUAAUAUGCUUUCGCAUGUCGGCCAUAUGAUACUCGGCAUGAACACGGUGCAGCUGUACAUGAAAGUGCCCGGUAGCCGAACGCCUGGCCACCAGGAGAACAAUAAUUUCUGCUCGAUCAAUAUUAACAUUGGGCCGGGCGAUUGUGAAUGGUUUGCGACGCCCGACUCGUACUGGGGCGGCAUACAGGCGUUGUGCGAGAAGAACAACAUCAACUAUCUGCACGGUUCGUGGUGGCCCGCGCUAGAAGAUCUGUACGCGGAGAAUAUUCCCGUGUAUCGGUUCACACAGCGACCGGGUGAUUUGGUGUGGGUUAAUGCUGGAUGCGUCCACUGGGUACAGGCCAUUGGGUGGUGUAAUAAUAUUGCCUGGAACGUUGGUCCACUGACGGCGCGACAGUACCAGCUAGCUGUCGAGCGGUACGAGUGGAACAAGCUGGAAAGCUACAAGAGUAUUGUCCCGAUGGUUCAUCUGAGCUGGAAUCUCGCCCGUAACAUCAAGGUGUCUGACCCGAAAAUGUUCGAAUCGAUUAAAACCUGCCUAAUGCAAACGAUGAAACACUGUAUGCAGGUGUUGGAGUAUGUAAAGUCGCUUAACAUAGAAGUUCGGUUUCAUGGUCGUGGUAAAAAUGAAGCAUCGCACUACUGUGGGCAAUGUGAGGUGGAAGUGUUCAAUGUGCUGUUCAUUCGCGAACAGGAAAAGCGUCACAUCGUACACUGUAUGGGCUGUGCGCGUAAACAAUCGCCCGGUCUGCAGGGUUUCGUGUGUCUCGAAGAGUACACACUGGACGAGUUGAUGCAAGUGUACGAUGCGUUUGUGUUGCACACUCCACCGCCACCACCGCCAGUUACGUCCGCCGCUCCAGCACAGUCUCCGCAACAUCAGCAGCAGCAGCAGCCCGCUUCAUCGCCUGUAGGUAAUGUCGGUGGUUCGCAGAUAAAUGUAAGCUCCUCUAGUACUGCCACUUCUACUGCCGCCGCAUCGUGUUCAUCGUCGUCCGCUGCCGCAAUGGGUGGAGCGGUCGGCGGCACCAGCACUGGUGGAUCGGUACCGGUGUCUUCGGUGGCUUCGUAAGUCACCAGGGGUGUGUGUGCAUAUAUAUACACACCUUAAAUGCUCCAAUACUAUCAUCCUACCACAAGAGAGAUGGGCAAAGCAAAUGCCCUUCUCGAACAAUUUUCGGCCCCACCAAAUCCAUGCAACACAAGCGCUCUGUGCCCUGAGACUGGCUGACGCAAAAAAAAGCUUGUUUAAGGGCGGACGCUUGUAACGAUAGUAGCAUUGUUUUAUUCGGUAAGUUUAGUUUUAAUUUAGUUCAAAUGUACGCAAAUUGUGUAUCCCCUGCAUAUAUAUAGUGGUUUGUGAAAGGUAUAUAGAAUUCGGAAAUAGGAUAAGUGCAUUAAGCUAAAGCGCACCGUUCGUAAGCGGUUCGUUAGGGAAAGUAGCGUUUGUGGAUUUCUCCACACGGAAAGGUAAACAAAAUAUUGCAUAUAGUGAAGGGGAGGAGUACAUUGUAUAUCUACAGGGUUAGAUUUUUGUUGUUUGAUUUUCGAACCUUCUAAAAGACUUUUAAAACAUACUGAAUUGCAAACGCGCUCUGUACGGCUUUGUGCGCUGACAUGCGUUGCAUUUCAACGGCAAAAUUAAUGAAUUCGUUAGAUGAAAAACAAGAACACAUUUUAUGAAAGUGAUUGUACAUAUAACUAAACUACUCCCAAUCCCGUUUAAGUGAGCUAAUAGUCUGUCGAAUGGUGUAUAUGUGUUGCGUGUAAUCGGUUGGAAUUGAACAAUCUGACUGCGGCAGCACCGUUUAGUGAUAAGUUUUCAGUUGAAUUAGAACAAGAAAACACAACAAAAAAACACUACACAUGCAAAUUUCCAUCACAGAAAAGGGAGAACUUAAGCCAAAAUGCCUGUAUUGGUGGAGUAAGAAAUGAUAAGGUAAGCGGGCCCGUAAAUGAGAUAUUGGCUAUUUUUGUAUGCUUAGGUUUACAACUUAAAACCACCACCCUUUUGCGGAU